CGGGAUAGACUCUCGCCGUGCAGAAUCGUCUGCUCUGUAUACUUUCAGGGUUUUUAGAGAGCUGCAGUGUGUGGCAUUAUGGCGGGGGUUGAUGAUGAGGAGAGCGCGCUUGCCUUGAUCUUAUACUACUGCCAGGAAAGGUACUCCAGUCAUGUUGUAGAUGUUUCCAGUGACGCUCAAGGCAAAUUCAGUCAUGAUCCGAUCUUCUCAUUCCUCCACGCUUACGGGCUGCUCAUGCAAGAUCAAGUGUUGGACGCCAUUCAGGAGCUGGAGCAACUGAAGGAGAGAAGAGACCUUUCCCUCUGUGUGCUCAUGGCUCUGGUUUAUGCCCAGAAGAAAAGACCAAACCCUGACCGUGAUGUGAUCCAGGAGCUGGAUGGAAGGGUGAAGGAGGAGAGGAAGACGGCGAGUCCCAAAGCUCUGUAUUACGCUGGCUUGCUGCUGUGGCUUCUGGGCCGCAAUGACAAAGCCAGAGAGUAUGUGGACAGAAUGAUCAAGAUCUCCAGUGGUUCUAAAGAGGGAAUUGUACUGAAAGGCUGGAUUGAGCUGCGAUCUAAUAAGGAUGCUUAUGCAAAGAAGUCUGGGAAAUACUUUGACGAGGCUCUGAAGGAGAAAAGCGACAUUUUUGCAUUGAUGGGGAAGGUACAUUAUUAUGAAUUUCGUCAGAAUUAUUCUGGUGCUUUAGAGACCAUUAACCAGGUGAUUGUGAGUUACCCGUCCUUUCUACCUGCCCUGGUCAAGAAGAUGAAGCUGCUGUUGACUCUACAGGACUGGGAACAAACUAUAGAUGCAGCUCAGAGGCUUCUUCAGCGAGAUAAAAAUAACCUGGAGGCUCUGAGGAUGCUGGCACUGCACUCUCUCUGCAGGGAAGGAGAUGUUGGAGAGGUGUAUCAUCAGGUGUCAGCUCAUGGAGGGGCAAAUAGAGGAUGCAGAACAGCAGCUGGAGUUUCUAACAGAGAUCCAGCAGUCCAUUGGCAAAUCAGGGGUAUCAUCAGGUGUCAGCUCAUGGAGGGGCAAAUAGAGGAUGCAGAACAGCAGCUGGAGUUUCUAACAGAGAUCCAGCAGUCCAUUGGCAAAUCAGGGGAGCUGUUGUAUCUGCGGGCGCUGUUGGCUGUGAAAAAAUGUCGGCCCCCAGACGAGGCGACCAAUCUGUUAAACGACACGGUGGACACGCACUUUUCCGCCCUGCAGGGUUUGCCUCUCAGCGUCGAGUACUUUGAGAAGCUCAACCCCGACUUCCUGCUUGAGAUUGCCAAGGAAUACCUGGCGCUGUCUCCUGCUAAGGCUCCAGCUCCUGGUCAGCCUCCUGCGCCUCAGCUGCAGCACUGUGCAUCUGUGCUGGACACGGUGGUCAAAGUAGUGCCUGGACUGAUGCAGGCCGUAUUUCUAAUGGCCAAAGUCCGAUUUCAGUCAGGAGAUAUCGAGGCGGCCCAGAGCAGCCUGCAGCACUGUUUGGAUCAGAACCCGGCCCAUGCUGAUGCCCAUCUCCUCAUGGCUCAGAUCCAUCUCAUGCAGGGCAACUUCAAGCUCUCCUCCCAAUCUCUGGAACUCUGCCUCAGCCACAACUUUGAGAUCCGCGAGCAUCCUCUGUAUCACCUGAUAAAAGCUCAGGCUCAAAGGAAGUUGGGGCAGCUUCAGGAGGCCAUUCAGACGCUGCAGAUGGCCAUGAGUCUGUGUGCUGUGAAGAGAACGGGCUCCUCAACCAAAAGACAGAGUAAGAGAGUUGAGCUCAGCUCGGCCGACUGCGUAUCUGUGUUCCUGGAGCUAGCUGAAGCUCUGUGGCUCAAUGGAGAACAGCACGAGGCAGCUAAAGUGAUGCAGGAUGCCAUAAAUGAGUUUACGGGCACUCCAGAGGAGCUUCGAGUCACUAUCGCCAAUGCAGACCUCGCGCUCAUGCGCGGAGAUACAGAGCUGGCACUGAGCAUGCUCAGAAACAUCACACCAGAGCAGCCCUACUACAUACAGGCCAAAGAAAAAAUGGCAGAAAUCUACCUGAACCACAGGAAAGAGAAACGGCUUUAUGUGAGCUGCUAUAGGGAUUUGGUGGACAAAUUGCCGAGCCCUCAUACCUUCCUGUUACUCGGCGAUGCCUACAUAAACGUUCAGGAGGGAUUUGGUGGACAAAUUGCCGAGCCCUCAUACCUUCCUGUUACUCGGCGAUGCCUACAUAAACGUUCAGGAGUAAAUGAGCUGCCGCUUCUUACCGAAGACUGUCGCUAUCUUGUGCUUCUCGCAAAAGUCCAGAGCAAAGUCAAUAAAGAUGACGAAGCAUUACUGUCCUUACAGAGAGCGAGAGAUGUGCAGGCGAAGGUGCUGAAGCGCGCUCAGCUGGAGCAGCCCGACUCGGUGCCCGCGCAGAAGCAGCUCGCCGCAGAGAUCUGCGCUGAAAUCGCCAAGCACUGCAGCAGCCAGCGUGGCUACGAACGAGCCGUCAAGUUCUACAAAGAGGCGCUUGUGUACUGUGAAAGUGACAGCAAGGUGAUGUUGGAACUGGCUCAGCUGUAUCUUACUCUGGAUGAUGUCGAGGCCUGUCAGCAGCAGUGCAGUGCCAUUCUGAAGAACGAUCCGGUCAACGAGUCGGCUACACUGAUGAUGGCAGACCUUAUGUUCCGGAAGCAGGACUAUGAACAGGCUGUGUUUCACUUCCAGCAGCUCUUGGAGAGGAAACCAGACAACUACCCGACGCUGUCCCGCCUCAUUGAUCUGCUGCGCAGAGCCGGCAAACUGGAGGAGGUUCCAAGAUUCCUCGAGAUGGCAGAGAAACACUCAUCAAGGGCCAAGUUUGAGCCUGGAUACAACUACUGCAAAGGGCUCUACCUGUGGUACACUGGUGAACCUAACGAUGGGUUACGUCACUUUAACAAAGCCAGGAAGGACAACGACUGGGGCCAGAACGCAGUGUACAACAUGAUUGAGAUUUGUCUCAACCCUGACAAUGAGACCAUAGGAGGAGAGGUGUUUGAGAACCUGGACGGAGACAUGGGAAACUCUACAGAGAAGCAGGAGUCGGAGCAGCUGGCCGUGAGAACAGCGGAGAAGCUCUUAAAGGAGCUGAAGCCACAAACCUCAGCGGGACAUGUACAGCUGCGCAUCCUGGAGAACUACUGUUAUCUGGCCACCAAACAGAAAGCCAACGUGGAAAGAGCCCUCAACGUGUUCAUUGAGAUUGCAAACAGUGAGAAAGAUCAUGUUCCUGCGCUGCUGGCCAUGGCCACUGCCUACAUGAUCCUGAAGCAAACCCCUCGAGCCCGAAACCAGCUCAAACGCAUCGCCAAGAUGAACUGGAACAUCAUUGAUGCAGAUGAGUUUGAAAAGAGCUGGCUGCUCCUGGCUGACAUCUACAUCCAGUCGGGAAAAUAUGACAUGGCAGGAGAGCUGCUAAAGAGAUGCCUGCGACACAACAAGUCCUGCUGCAAGGCGUACGAGUACAUGGGCUACAUUAUGGAGAAGGAGCAGUCCUUCAGAGAUGCUGCCUUGAAUUAUGAAAUGGCCUGGAAAUACAGCAAUCAAACCAACCCCACUAUCGGCUACAAGCUCGCGUUCAAUUACCUGAAGGCCAAGAGACACGUGGAUGCUAUAGAUGUGUGCCAUAAAGUUUUGGAUGCACAUCCCAACUAUCCACGCAUCAGGAAGGACAUCUUGGACAAAGCAAGAGCGACUUUAAGAUCAUGACAGAUGGACCGGUGUGGUGUGUGCUGUUGCUCAAUUGUGAUCUCAGCUGUAGUUUAAUAUGAAAUGCAUUGAGAAGUGUCAGUAUAAGAAAUGUUUUGAUAUGACUACAUGCAGUGUUCAUUCAACAUUAAAAACAAGCAUUGAUAAUGGUGCAAUAUUUUUCCUUAUGUACACAGAAAUAAAUAAACAUUUGAAAACACCGUCCGGCUACAGAUUCCACAAUAUAUAUAUAUGCACGCUGCACAGAAUAUUGAAUCCCACAAUACAAUGUGCUUGACCUUGCAUUC